GUAAUAAUUUUGUAAGAAUAGCAACAUUAUCUUUUACUGUCAUUCCCAUCUGGCUCCUGUUGUAGUCUGUCGGAGAAUUUAUACUUUUGGAUUAUUUUGUCUUUAUUGUUUGUUUGAGACCAUUGAAAUCUUGAACACGUAUCCUAACCAUAUCACUAUAGUACCACAAUGUCGGUGAUAGAGUUUCUAAAAGAUUUACCAUCGUAUGACGAGCACAACUUUACAUUAUUUAACACGGAUCAUGGCAUUAGAAAUUGUUCCAAACGGCCUUCGAUAUAUCUACCCACUAAGGACAUACCUUCUGAACAAAUUAUUGUAACAGAGAAAACAAAUAUAUUGUUAAGAUAUCUCCAUCAACAAUGGGAGAAAAAGAAUAAUAAUUCACCGAAAAAGCGUGACCAGAGCCAUAUUGAACAAAAUGGUGACGAUAACCGACCACGCAAGAGGCCCUGUCUGAACUCGCCGCUGAACUGAAAACACUGUCAAGCAUCAUCAGUUAGUUUGUGCUUCAGUUAUAGACUCUGUAAUGUGUAUGGUGUUUUUGUAUUAACAUUUGUAUCCAUUAUUUUUAGAUCGAAUUGUACAUUGAUUCUCGAGACACACUGGUUCCACGAAUUUUGGGAUAUGAGUGCCAUUACUUAAAAUUGAAUCUUUUUUGACAUAAUAAAAUUUUGUAAAUUACUUAAACUGUAAUCUGUAACAUUUUGUUACGUUGCAAUGAGUUAAAUAAAACAUUAAAUUUGUCCAUUC